ACACCUCGACCUACUAUAUAAAUAUUCCACCUAUCCGUCAAUGGGAAAACCAAGAAAAAGCACAGAUUCCUUGUAUUUUGGAACCAUGGCCGGACCCCCAAAAGUGAUUUUCUUGAUCCCUCUUCUCUUGUGCUUGUGUGUAGCUCAAGACUUCGAUUUCUUCUACUUUGUUCAGCAGUGGCCUGGAUCUUAUUGCGACACCAAGGCGAGCUGCUGCUACCCAACGACUGGAAAGCCUGCUGCUAACUUUAGCAUUCAUGGACUCUGGCCGAAUUACAAUGAUGGCUCUUAUCCUUCAAACUGUGAUCCUGAUUCCCAAUUUCAACCUUCAGAGGUAUCAGAUUUAAUAGGACGGAUGCGAAAGGAUUGGCCAACAUUGGCAUGUCCAAGCGGCAAUGGGGUGAAAUUUUGGACACAUGAAUGGGUUAAACAUGGAACUUGCUCAGAAUCAGUCCUGGACCAACACCAAUACUUUGAAUCUGCUCUCAAACUUAAAGGCAAAGUUAAUCUCGUUCAGGCUCUACAGGAUGCAGGAAUCUACCCGGAUGGGAGCACUUACAGUUUAAACAGCAUCACGGAAGCCAUAAGAGCAGCAACUGGUCAUACACCUGGAAUAGAGUGCAACAGAGAUGAAUCAAGAAACCCACAGUUGUAUCAGAUCUAUAUGUGUGUUGAUACCUCUGGUUCCUCCAUUAUUGAGUGCCCAAAACUCCCAAGGGGUGGAUGUUCUUCACAAGUUGAGUUCCCUUCAUUUGGAUCUGAGUCUGCAUAAUGCAAAAUUGGCCGAAGAUGGACGUUAGAAUCAAUAUUGAUCCCCCAUGAAUUUUUUCUUUCGUAGUUACAAAAUGUUUCAUGCAUUAAAACAAAAACAAAUGUGUGGUCUCCAAUGCUGAGUGAUGAUCCUUGAAAUCACUUGACGGCCAUUGUGUAUUUGUGGAGCAUGAAAUCACAUCGUAUGAAUAAAGUGGCAGUUCUUUGAAUUUUUCUC